AUGCCCCCCCCCGUGCUCCGGUUGCGCCUCCAGAAGCCCCGCUCGGACAAGAAGGUCCAGUGGACGAACGGCACCGUCGACAACGAGCACAUGAACAAGAAAAAGUCCAAAUGCUGCUGCGUGUACGUGAAGCCACGGGAAUUCGGCGAAAGCUCGUCGGAGAGCGAGGACGAGUGCGAGCACUGCUACGGCCACGUGGAGCUCAAGAAGAAGAACAAACCGCAGCCACCGGCGGAGGAUGCGGCGGACGGCGGAGCGGAAGGUGGUGGACCGUCCGGGAGUGGCGAUGAUCCACCAUCGGAUGGUAAUAAACCGGGCGAUCCAAGGGAUAGUGAUUCAAAUGUGGCUUGA